AUGGCAUCCGAAUCGCGACUGUAUACCUUCUCUGGAGAGUCAAAGGACCACCUCCGCAAGUUUCGCCUUACUACUUCCCGAGCUAAGGGACCUCAAGCUGUUAUCUACCUGAUCGAUAAGCACACCUACGAGAUCCGACAAGACGAAGACAAGACCGUUUAUACAUCUCUCGAAGAGGUUGGCGAUGACCUUCCAGACCAUGCCCCCCGCUUCAUCCUCCUGAGCUACCCCCUCACCAUGGGUGACGGACGGCUAUCUGUACCAUAUGUGCUCCUCUUCUACCUCCCCGUUACAUGCAAUGCCGAGAUUAGAAUGCUUUAUGCCGGCGCUAAGGAGUUGAUGCGAAACACCGCUGAGGUUGGACGAAUUAUCGAUAUUGAGACGGCAGAAGAGCUGGAGGAGAUUCCUGACAAGCUCAAGUCGGAGUAG